AUGCAUUUUAUGAUGGCUGUGAGUUCUUUUCUAAUUAUGACACUUUUUUUGUCACUGGGAGAAACCAAGUUCUACAGACCACUCCAGUUCAACCAGUAUAAAGCUGGGCUGAGUCAAUACCAUGGCCAAAUGAAACCCACCAGCAGACACAAAAACCACUGUGCCUACGUCAUUGAAAAGACAGUGUCCUUCACCGUGCAAGAUGGGGCAGCCCCAUAUGUGAAAGCUGAGUACAACAAGUGUUCCUGGGGUCAGAAAUGUCCAACUCUCCAGUAUCGCAUGAUGUACAAGCCAAUGUUCAAGGUGGCUCAUAAAACUGUCACCGAACUGGAGUGGCGUUGUUGUCCGGGGUACUCUGGUUACGGCUGUAUGGACGGGCCUCCUGCUUACCAACACCCCAUGAAAAUGAUGCCGCCAUUUAAGGGCCUAUCAUCCAAAGGCCCACAGUUCAAGGGCCCACAGUAUAAAGGUCCCAUGUCCAAGGGUCCAAUGUUCAAGGGCCCACCCAUUGUGAAGGCCAAUCCAUGGAGUCAACCUGAAGGACCUCCCACCAGCAAUUUUAACUCUUAUCCAAUGCAUCACUUUGGGCCUCCAAGGUCCCCCUCCUAUCCAGACACCUCCUUCGAGACUUAUCCAUCUGAGCCAGAGCCAAUGCCAGACCACCAAGAAGCACAUCACUCAGAGCAUGAACAAGAACAGGAGCAUGAGCUUGAGCACAGCCAGGGACCUGAGGAGCACGUCCCAGAGGAAACACCUCCUCCCUCUGGUGGUGAACAGGCGGGGAGUGAAAACAUAGGCCACACUCUAGACAGUGUGACAGAGGAGAGGAUAUUUCAAAUGGAGGAGGAUGUGCAGCGUCUGAACCAGGGUCUGGAGACCCUGAGGGGAACUGUGAAUGGACUGGAGGAUAGCCUACGAGCGUCGCUGAGAGAAGACGCCAACAGGAUGCUAUCAGCUCUGCUCUCUGCUGCCCCUGUUCCUGUUCCUGCUCCAGCUGUAGCCUCUAGUUCAUCCACUGUAGGGUUUGUAGAGAUUCCUGGGGGAGAUCCUGAGACAGAGGGUCUAGAUGGUAGCCAUGUGUUUCCAGGCCUUACAGAGCUGAAUGGAAAGGUAGAAGAGCUCAGGAAAGAGCUGCUCACUAAGACAUCAGAGCUGCAGGAACUCAAAGCAACAGUGUUAGGACAUGAUGGAGCACUGAAGAAGAUGUCAAAUAGAGCAGGAGAGGUAUCAGACUCCACUAGCAAUCUUGGGGGAACUAUGGAGAAGUUAAUGAAUGCCACAUUGAGUGAAGCCAGGACAGAAAUUCUGGGUGGGUUUGAGAGGCGUGUGGAGAGUGCAGAGGGCCAUUGUGCGGAGAAAGCUGGGGAUGUGCUUCGUCAGUGCCAGAGGGAGCAAGGUGAGAGGCAGGAACAGAUGGAAGAUGCUCUGGUAGAAAGUACCACAGACUUGAGAACAGAACUGAGAUACCUCAAAGCACAGGUCCAUGGUUUAAAGACUGCAGAAAGCUGCUCUGGUAGAGUAAGUGGACUGGUUGAAAGGGUGCAGUUGCUGGAAACAUCGGUGGCAGGCCUCAACCAAUCCCAGGGGCACCUGAGAGUUGAGCUGGGUGGGCACAAGGAUCACAUAGAGGGGAUACUAGAAGGGCGCCUGGGCUAUGUAGAGUCUAAGCUCAACCUGACUGGGCAGCUUAAAAGUCCUGAGUCAGGAAGGAGAAGUGGUGUCCCAGAUAAAUCUGAGACAGGACAUGGACUGGAGGCCAGAAUGGAGGGUAAGUUGAGGGCACUAGAAGGCCGUUUACUGACAGCUUUGGAGGAGCUGGGUAAUGCCACAGCCCCUGCACUAGAGGGUCAUGCUGUUCCCACGCUGGAGACAGAGGUGGAGUCACUCAGAGGGAGACUAGAGAUUGAUGUGGACAGAGUGCAAAAGCAUCUGAGCAAUCUUGAGAUCAUGUGCUCUUCUUCCUGUUCCUCACCUCAAACUCCCCCAGCCAUCCAGGGAGACUCUGCUGCUGAUGCAAGUACUAACCUGGCAGAGGAGCAGAAUGUAAAGGGGGUACUGGAAAUGCAAGGAGACCGUUUGAAUAGCCUCAACAUCACACUGCAGGACAUCAUGAGGCGUCUGACCCUCAGGGACCGAGCAGAGGGAGAUUCUCCCAUCGAGGGAGAGCUCACAAUCCUCAAGUUCAAUGUCCGCUCAGUCAACCAUUCCCUGAAAGGCCUUCAGGAUUCCCUGACGACAGUGGUCCACGAAGUGGGUAAAGCAAACAGCUCCUGGCAUGAGAGAGAGGCACGUAUGGCCCAGCAGAUGAAGGGUGUGGUCCAGCUAGUUGGACACCAGGCUUCCAUGCUCGGGUCAGGAGAGCGCAGACUAACUCGACUUAAGGUUGAGCUGCAGGAGAUGAAGAGGCGGCUCGCUGUAGAGGUCCAAGGCUGCCGGAGCACAGCUCUGGGGGUGCAGAAAGAGGUAACUGAGGUUGGAGGCCGUGUUGCCAGUGUGGAGGAUCGGUGUAAGGGCCUGAAUUACUUGACAGAAGACCUGGAGAGAAUCAGGGAGGAGUUGGAGAAACAAUCCAGUGGGCUUCUACUUCAAGUCAAUGGGACCCUCUCCAGCCAUGCUCAGCAGCUGUCAGAGCUGAGAGGUGAAUUCAGAAACUGCACCUCCAAGCUGGAGCCAACACAACAGAGUUUAGAGUUGGACCCUGAGCCAAGGCGAGGGGACACCUUCACUUUAAAUUAA